AUGAAGGCUGACGAUGCCACUCCAGACCCUGCCGCGCUGCUGCUGCAGCGGCCAGAGCUAGGGGAUGUGGCACCUGGAAUGGGGGGAUUACUGGGUUUACCCUCUUUUAGGGUUCGCGGGGAGGAUUGGGAGGGUGAUGGGAAUGUGAUUGAUUUGGAAGGGGUGUUGGAUGGAGGGGAGGAGGAGGAGGAGGAGGAGGAGGAGGAGGAGGGGGAGGGGGAUGAAGGGGGGAUUGAUAUGGGUGAUUUACUAGCGGGGUUGGGGGAGGGGGAUGAUGGGGAGGAAGGGGGGGAAAAGGAGGGGGGUGAUGGGGAGGAAGGGGGGGAAAAGGAGGGGGGUGAUGGGGAGGAGGGAGAAGGAGAGGAGGAGGAAGGGAGGAAAUGGGAGAGGGAGGGAGGCGAGUGGGAGAGGGAGGGGGGCGAGUGGGAGAGGGAGGGGGGCGAGUGGGAGAGGGAGGGGGGCGAGUGGGAGAGAUGA